GCAAUCUUAUAAAGCCUUAUUUAUUUAUAAAGAAAUAUGGAGAAGUGGUGUUUGCCUUUGUAAAAAUACCAAAUGGGAAAAGAAUUUUUAAACUAUUUUAAUGAGUUUUAUGAUGGUUAAUAGAACCACCACCAUUCUUCGUUUAAUUUGCUCUUCAGCUUCGUGCUUUUUUCAGUUGUAUUUUUUUUCGUUGAGUUUGGUCUAGCAUUCGUACAGUAGCGGCACCACAAACUAGUCUUAAAUAUUUUUUCGUCGCGUAAACAGUAUAAUUGUAUAUAUAUGUUAAAUUAUAUAUAGUAAAGAAGAGAGUGGUGGUAUAUCUUUAAAAGUAAAAAAAAGAAGAUAAAUUUCAAAAACAAGACCAGAAGAGCAUUUAAAACCUUAGCAAAUACUAUCAAGAAUGAAAUAUUUAGGUUAAUGUUUCACUGACAUUACUAUUAAAAAUUUGGAGACAACAUCUCGGAAACUAAAAAAGAAAAAAAAAAAAUCCACAAUGAAUAAUCAAAUGAAUAAUGCAGUACGCAAAAUACAUAAUUUGUUAUCGAGUGGCGCUGUAACAGUAACUGGGCCGAAUCAACCGCGGAUUCUCAAACAGAAAAUUGUAGGCUCCGGUAGCGGUAGUGGUACCAAUGUAGCUGGUGGUAAUACCACAGUAGCAACCGGUAAUAGUAUACAGCAUUUGGUUACAUCAGCGACAUCCGCUAACAUUAAUCGUUGCUAUGUAUGCGAUGACGCCUUAGGGGCAAACCAAGCUCAAAAUCAACUAACUGAAAUGCAAACAUCGCAUACAUCAACAAAAUUUCCGAAUAAGAUUGGCCAGCUAGUGGGCGAUUCUUUUAUGGUUAUUGUAAGUGUUGAAGAUGUUGUCUGUGCUCGUUGUACAAAUCUGAUCAAUUAUUUGGAUCGUUUGGAAAAUGAUGUUGAACGCGUGCGCACCAAUUUAAUGAAUUUGUUAAAUAAAAAAUAUGGAUUGAAUGAUGAUGGAGGUGGUGCUACUGCUAGUCCUACAGCACCGCCUAACAAAUUGCAGAAGUUAAAUAGCGGAGCUGCAGUAAGCGCCGUGCAACAAAUGAAAAUUUCUACACAUUCGCCCACAACAGUGCAGCAACACUCUGCCGGUACACAAACCCUACAACGCAAAACCACCAAAAUCUAUAAAUGUUUAUCAUGCGAAUACAAAACUUCUGAUAUGCGUUUGUUCAAUACCCAUUAUGAGACCUGCAAGCACCAAAACUUCCAGUGUAAAAAUUGCAAGAAAAUCUUCCCUAACUUUGGAGCGAUGAAACAGCAUAUGGUUCGAGAACAUAAUACACCAAUGGAUAACACUUGCGCCGUAUGCCAUAUUAACUUUGCUAGUGAAGCGGCUUUGCGUAAACAUAUGGAACUGAACCACAGUACAAAUGUGGUAGUCACCAGCACAACUACAGUACCUGUAGCACAAGUAGCCGUUCCGGCUGUCGAUCCCAUUACAUCGGGCACAGCUACAGUUACAACUACGCCUCUGUACACAUGUACCCAUUGUCAGUUCAAGUCGACGGAUAAGGCUAUGUUCGAUGAACACAUGCGCAAACAUAUAGCAGGCGUUAAGUCGAAACCAUUCAAGUGUCGAUUAUGCGCUCAGCGCUUCGAAACACGUGAAGCAGCUACUACACAUGCGAAGCAGCAUCAAGGCAACGUGUUUAAAUGUGGUACUUGCUCGAUGUCAUUCUCAAAACGCGAAUUACUUGUCAAACAUUUCGAAAUACAUCAACAAGACACUCAGGUACAGCAGCAGCAACAGACGCAUCAACAAAAUGUCAAUCAACAGCAGCAGCAGGUUGUUGCAGUGAAACAGCAAAUUGCCCCGCCAACAUCAUCGCAAAAUCUGCUUACCACCCAAAAGCUUUUACAAGAAACCAUUGAUGAGGCUCUCAGUGAGACUACGAAUACACCCGUAACGACUAGUUCAACAGGUGAUGUUGGAGGCGCUACUUCCGCCAAUAACAUUCGCUUUUUCUCGUGCCACAUCUGUUCGCUUACUUUUAUCCAAGAAAAUUACUAUAAUCAACAUAUGGAAACACAUCAACGUGGCGACGCAAAUAUGAAGAAGAAUUCAAAUUCGAACAAUACCAUGUCUGCCCUAAAUGCUGCCGCUUUACUCAGUGAGGCAGCUCAAUUGGAUGCAAAUUCUGCUGAAUUGACAGUACAACAGCAACAAGCUAGUGGAACUGUUAAUGCUACAGGCAAUUGUACAAUCGAAUCUGGCCUCGAAGCCGACAUUGAGAGCAUUUUUGAAAAAAUGCAUUCCGAUAAGGGUGAAUCAACAGCUACGACUACCACAUCAUCUGGCACCACUACUGCUGCUGGUGGAAGUAGUGAUCAAGUUGUAAUCACUUCGCAGGCGGGUUCAGGAGGAGGUAUUACGUUUAAUAUAACAAUUCCCGGUCAGGAAGGAGGCGGUUCUGCUACCGCAGGGGACGAUCAGCAUAGACGGCAAACACAACAAAGUACGCCCACUACUUCGGCACCAGUUUCGGUAAGCAUCGAUAUGCCUAUGCUUGACCAACCCGAUGAAACGACGCACGCACCCACUACGACUACGAACAAUACAACCACAACAGCCAUCAGUAAAUCGCAAGGUGACGUGAAACCUUCCAUAUCAGGUCCAGUUAGUAUGCCUAGCUUAGAUGAUGACAAUGAAGAACCGAGCUCAGUCUCUGUACCAACAACAACUGCCAAUGAUUUAAGUCAAGAUGUAAAACCCAAUGUACAAUCGAUCGUUAAAAUUGAAAAUAGUCCGAAAUCGUUGGGUGGAGAGAACAUUAAAGUUGAAGCUGAAGAACAGAGUAACGAAAAUCAGUCUGAGACAUCUUCACAUGAAGUGUCUGCCAAUACUGCGAGUGAAAACAGCGCUGUUUCUCAGCAUAAUAAUAGUAGUACUGCCGAUGAAACCGUUACAGAAACGGGCGAGGGUGCUACGCAUGAGCAAUUGGCCGCUGCCGUAGCUGCAGCGGGUGAGCAACAACAAGUUGCUUUGGAACUAGACGAAGCUACUAUGCAGGCCCAGGUUGACGGUGGGCAAAUUAAAUUUAUUCUUAAUGAAAGCGGUCAAUUGUUACAAUUGGAUAAUCACAUUAUAACCGAUGCCGAUGGUAAUCAGAUACUUGUGCAAGACCCUGAACAAAUACAACAGCUAUUGCAAUCUGUGGGCGUACUUCAGCCUGGCGACGGGCUGGAUGGUGAAACACUGCAAAUGAUGACUGAUGCUAAUGGUCAAAUGGUGUUGGUGCAAGGAGAGAAUAAUGAAACACAAUUAAUUGAUGCUUCUCUUCUUAAUGCCGAAGGUCAACUCGUUAUACAACAGUCGCAGGAUGGCGAGGGGGGCGCUCAUGUGAUCGGCGAGGAUGGUACCCGUAUACCGGUUUCGGUAUCUUAUACGGAAGAUGGUCAACCUAUUGUACAGGUUCAGCAUCAAGUUCUAGAAGCGGCAGCUGCCGCUGAUGCCGGCUUGGAAAAGGACGGUAGUGGAGCUGAAGAAAAUGCCCAAACAGACGAGGCUGGCCAACAUGUUAUAGCAACAACGACAGCAAGCGGUACUUCAAGCGGUGGCUUCUUUGCACUCGAAGAACUAAUACAACAAUCGUCAUCAACCUCUGCAUCUACGGCAGCUGCUGGCGCCGAAGCUAAGAGAGCCGAUUAGAAGUAAAGCUAGAAAGUAUCUGUUCGGAUGAAAAGCAAAAGAUUUAGUAAACGGGAAAACGAUUAGCGACGUCCACUUGUUGUCUGUCUAUUUGUUUUAGAUCUGUUGUAAAACUGCUACAUGGAUGGAUGUUUCAACAUUUCGGUAAUCUUUCGCCAUGUUUGAACUUGCCAUUAUAGCUUCCUUUCAUCUGUAAUGGCAUUAAUUUCUUUCACAUCAAUUUUUUUCUUUUAACUAUGCGCACCUCUUAUUUUCACUUUUAGAUUGUAAUUAAAGUUAGUUUAAAUUGUAAAAUAUGCUUAACACCCGCAAGAAAAAGGGAAAGAGAAACGGGGAAAAUUGACGACAGUUAUUUUUAUCAUUUUAUUCAUACAUGUUUCUGUCUAAUAUUU